AUGUAUCCGAGCCUGGCUUUAUCUUCAAAUCCAUCUCCUUAUGCGCAUGAUUCUGGGAGCUACAUACACCCUUCGGCAAGCUCACCUGUUUACGUGCCUACGACCCGUGUUCCUGCCAUGCUACAAACCUUGCCAUACCUGCAGACGUGCGAAUCCACUCAUCAGUCUCACGGACUUGGAAGUCACCAUGGCUGGCCGCAGAGUGCAACGGAUAGCUCCUCUUUCAACCCAGGCAGCCCCCAUCCUCCUCCGGGCUACUCUUACUCUCACAGUCCACCCGUGAGCAGUAGCACCGGUAGGGAUGCAGCUUACCAAAACCCUCUGGUGCUGAGUAACAGUGGACGGUCCGAGCAGUAUGGAGGGGCUCUGAUGCGCUCUGUUGGCGGUUCAUACUCCAGUCCUUACGCCGCCUACAUGAGUCCCGAGAUGGCAACGUCCUGGACGCCUGGGCACUUCGAUGGUGGUAUGAUCAGUCUUCAGGGACGACAAGGAGCCCUAACAGGGAGAAGGUCCAGCCUAGAGAUGCUAGAGGACUUGCCAACUGAGGGGCGGGAAUGUGUGAACUGCGGCUCCAUCUCAACCCCGCUUUGGAGACGCGAUGGUACCGGCCACUACCUGUGUAACGCAUGCGGUCUCUAUCACAAAAUGAACGGCAUCAACAGACCGCUCAUUAAGCCACAAAAACGCUUGCAGACUACUUCUCGACGGGCAGGACUGUGUUGUACCAACUGCCAUACCAGUACAACUACACUGUGGAGGCGGAAUGCGGAAGGUGAACCAGUCUGCAACGCCUGUGGCCUCUACAUGAAACUCCACGGGGUACCCAGACCUUUAGCCAUGAAGAAGGAGAGCAUUCAAACCAGAAAACGCAAGCCAAAGAUGCCCAAGUCUAAAACAUCCUCAGGUUCGACAGCCUCUGGCACCAGUUCUCCCACAGCACUCUCUGUCUCUGAGAACGCCUCCACGAUAAAGAGUGAACCUAAUAUGACUCCUUCCCCAUACGCUGGGCAAACCGUUGUCUCAGUCACACAGGCCUCCUCACAGUUGGACAACACAAGCUCGGGACACAUGGAUAUCAAAUAUGAAGACUACGCCUUCACUCCUACAUCCAUCGCCUCACAGAACUCAUGGUGCGCCUUGUCUCAAGCGUGA